AUGUUCCAGAACGUUCCGUGCCCGAACAGACUUCUGAUUUUGACAGUGGGUUUCCUCGAUUGUCUCUUAAUUGCAGGAUGGUGGAUCGCCAUCCAUCGGAAGACCCCUUCAGGCAGAAAUGCAGGCGACUGCAAGUCCGACUGGCAACACGUCGAUUACUGGCCUGAGACAAACAGUUUUGAGUUGUCACUCGUGGUGCAUGCUGCGAACGGUGGUCGCGGCAUCAGCAAAAGUGUCGACCGACGCAUUCAUGCUCGACAAAUCUCACUGCGUCAUCCACGUCAACGAACCUAUACGUUUGCGGAGAUGGCCGAGAUCGAGGAUGACAACUGGAGACGCCCGAUCCGCCGUUCGAAUUACCUGCUCUACCCACAGGCGCUGGAUAUGAAACAGGUGGUGGCAGACAUAAUGAGCUGCCGUUCCGUACCAGAGGUAGGUGUGGAAAAUAAAGAAAGGUGAAUCAUCUGCUUCCGCAUCAUCUGCAACUGCACUUUUUGACUUCAGUAUAUUCUCGUAGUUGAAUCUCACUACCAGUGAACAUGAAAUAUAUUCAGGUCAUCAUUCAAGUACAUGAUCGGACGGACUUAUGCUUGGAUGUUCAUUCAACAACCAAUGUAUAUUUCACCAAUCAAAGGCCCAAAGUAAGAAGUAGGAAUUUUCUUCAUGUAUCUAUGGCUUCACAGCAGUGAGGAUGUCUGUAGUCUGAGUGCUAACCUAAUCAGGGCAAACCCUAGCGUCGGAAGGAGCAGACAGAAGGAACCAGAAUGAGGAGUUUAAUGUAGACAAGACCCGCAGUUGUCUUCUCCGGCGGCAGUGACCACUAGCAAAGCCAGGGCUGGUGUUGACUGCGUCCAGUCACGCCUGAGAGUCGCCGAGAGAGUGGUGGCAGCCGCUUUUGUAGGCUCGUGGGCUAAGCUCAAGUGGUGGCUAGUCAGUGUGUGUUGCAUUUGCCGCGGGUUGGUGUCCCAGGGGCUUAGUUUGUGGUUGCAGAGGAGAGGUGCGUCCAAGUAGCCGCAUAGGCUAAUGCGGAUGUGUGGAGGCAGGUAUGUCCGAGCUGUCGGUCGUGUGACUUCAGGUCAGCUCGUCUGGAAGCGCUCAUAGCAAAAGGGUGAAGUACUUUGAGGCUGCGAGGUCUUGAACAAUGACGCCAGACCGGUCAUGAUGGCUGCCCGCCUCGAAUCGUCGAGAUUUUUGUGAAUCCAGUCAUACAUCCAACUCCGUGCUCCUUUCUUAGACUUGAAGGAAUGGUGCGUUUCGGCUUUUGGAGCUCUGUACUGAAGCGCAUUUCGCAUCCUGUGGAAUCUUCGGAGAGCUCGAAGAGACUGCGUGCCAUAAUAAACCGGUGAAAAUUACUCGGGGUAUUGUGGACAGACAGGCUAGAAAUGCACGGCCUAAACCCAUCAUCCUGUAGUUCUUGGAGAAUUUGUGCAUAAUGUCUCAUUGUCGUUAUAAAUGCAAUCGAAUUUAAGCUUGCCAGCCCUCCGCGCAACACACUUAAGAGUAGGCAGGAAAAUACCUGAUGAAGUGGUAAGUUGACAGUUUGGGCAUUUUCUGGAAUUCACGGCUAUUUAACGUACAUCAGGCGAUUAGUGAGCAGUUAUGUCUGCAUAAAUAGCCAUAAGUAGAAAUUAAUGCCGGCGAAAUACUGAAAGACAUACCUCUCCGUUUUGUCAAGCACUAUGGAUGUAGUAACUUGGUGCUCUGUUUGCGUUUUUUUGUGCUUCCGGUCGCAACUUCUGGUAAGGCUUCUAAAGAGGAACGUUUUCUGACUGUAAGCAGUUCGACGAAUCUCCUCCAUCUUACUUAGUCAGUGACGAGCUACUUAUACGACUGUUCAUUUUAACGCAUUUUGCACAGUGCACUGCGUCUCAUCUGCCUGAAUCGCCUCAUCUCCCUUGUAUAGACUCCCAUAUUUAAUGAAACGAUCAAAUUCCUCAACAUCAGCUCGACUGUCUGCGUGCCAGGAAUAGCCGUUAAAGAAGCUCUGGAUGCUAUCGUAGUAGUUAAGUCAGCCGUCUACAACUUUGCAGUUCGUGAUCGCAUUCGGAGGACCUAUGCCAAAGAAUUCAAGCGUGAACAUGCUUUCCGCAUGGCCAUGGUCUUCUCCGUAGGACUACCCCGAAGCAGCGGGGGUCGGUACUUCCAGCGCGACGGUUUGAACAUCUCACUGCCGGGCCGGGCGGGCGAGUCGCUGGAAAAGAUGCGGUAUGAAGGUGCGGAAGUUCUCAGAAAAUUGGCAGACGAAACCCGAGUCAACGGUGACCUCCUGCUGGGUGACUACGAGGAUACCUACUAUAACCUCAGUCUCAAGUUAUUUUACACCUUCCAAUGGGCCUCUUGUUUCUGUAGUCCACAUUUCACCUCCCAACAACGACCUCCUGUCUUCAUUCUCCUGGACGAUGACUAUGCCUUCAAUGCAACCAUUUUAAAGACUGAACUGAUGGCACUCUCGGAGACGCAAAUUCGACGAGUGACCUGGGGCAUGCUGCAGAUGUGGAGUCCAGUAUAUCGUCCUCUCGUCUCGCCAGGUUUUGAAAAAUGGAUCCUCUCUAAACGCCAAAUGCCCUGGCCCUACUUCGCACCUUACCCCUCCGGCGCCUUUCUUGUCAUCGGCGCCGACAUUCUUCAGGAAAUCGCCCUGGCCAUGUACUUCACUCUACAAUUUCCAGUUGACGAUGCCUGGUUAGGCAUGGUUAUGACAAAGUUGGAUGUCUGCGUUGAGCCGCGUCCAUCGAUGCAUAUCUCCUGGCCAAGGGAGGGUAGAAAGGAGUUGGUUUCGUUUGCACCCCUCGACUUCCUCUUCGGCUAA